GUAUCAAAUGAAAGGUGAAGGACUGGUGAUCCUUGUAGAAUACCUUGUGAAAGGUGAAGGACUGGUGAUCCUUGUAGAAUACCAAAUGAAAGGUGAAGGACUGGUGAUCCUUGUAGAAUACCUUGUGAAAGGUGAAGGACUGGUGAUCCUUGUAGAAUACCUUGUGAAAGGUGAAGGACUGGUGAUCCUUGUAGAAUACCUUGUGAAAGGUGAAGGACUGGUGAUCCUUGUAGAAUACCAAAUGAAAGGUGAAGGACUGGUGAUCCUUGUAGAAUACCAAGUGAAAGGUGAAGGACUGGUGAUCCUUGUAGAAUACCUUGUGAAAGGUGAUGGACUGGUGAUUCUUGUAGAAUACCUUAUGAAAGGUGAAGGACUGGUGAUCCUUGUAGAAUACAUUGUGAAAGAAUACCAAGUGAAAGGUGAAGGACUGGUGAUCCUUGUAGAAUACCUUGUGAAAGGUGAAGGACUGGUGAUCCUUGUAGAAUACCAAAUGAAAGAUGAAGGACUGGUGAUCCUUGUAGAAUACCUUAUGUAA